AUGAUUCCAAUCGUUUUCCUGUUUUUCAUGAGCGCCACCUGUCAAGAAAUAAUAGGCAACAUAUCAAAUGGCAAAAUAAGCAAACUCAAGUCUCACAUUAUAGCAAAAAGGCCAGAUUUAGUUAAGACUGAACUCGAUGCUGCGAAAGACUUCGCGGACCGCUAUGCGCAGGCAAAAGCCGAAAAGCCCCUGCCGAAUAUCACUUCCAUCAAAGCCAUCUGUGGUUGUCCAGCCAAUGAGAUGUUUUCGUUGGCUUACGUCUUUAGAGCUGCCGGCGACAAGCCCAAGAUUGACUUCAUACCCGUCCAAGACACCGAGCCGACCUACGGUGAUGUACAGCGCCAAACGACUACAAUCGCCACCGACACCUUCUCCUGGAAGUGGUCACAUGAGGUAACACUUAGUGUUACAGUUGAAGUUUCCUUCGGCUUGCAAGAACUUGGGCAGCUAUUCCGGUUCUCGGUAACCCGAUCAACUACAGAUAAGACCGAACACGGCAUAACCACCACGCGGACAACACAGUUCUCGGAUGGAAGGACGUAUAAAUGCCGCAAUGAUCACCGAUGCCAGCUCCAAACCUGGACAUUCACAGCCGAAUACGAAGGGGACUACUACGAGAUGCCAGUAGCCGACUUCAACUGUCUCUCGAAGAGUGUUAAAUGGAAAUACAAAUCCGGCGCAUCUCGCCAACUGGCCAACUCGUCAAAGGUGUCUUUUGCUAGCCUGCUCGGCAAGGAAGACAGCUGGGAUCGUUUGAGCCAACGGUAUUUCACGACGCGCGACAGGGAAACAGGAGAGGACAGGGCCGAGGCACUUGACCAAUGGUCAAAUGUUCUCGGUGUUGACUUCCCACCAGACUCGGUUGAAAUUGUUCCCAAGAACAAGAGUAUUGCGCGUGGCCCGGCCACAUUUCCCAUCCUGAAUGACAAUGGAGAACCCUACCACGUCACAGUCUUAUUUGAUUACUCCGCCGUGAAUCGCAGUACCGUGAAUGGCAGCAGUACCGGCAAACAGAAGCGAGACGUACUCGAUAAGGAUUUAGCUUCCGACGACGUGGAGCUGGAAAUAUUUGUUGUGGACACGAAUAUUCCUCACCAUGACGUGGACACUGUGUUGCCAAAUGGCACGGUGAUACGGGCCAAGUAG